CCGAUUAGCGGUUCGCGCAAGCGCAACCAACUCUUCUGGUUAGAGUGUCCAUUUUGAUCACAUGUGAGUAUCUCCAGUCUGUUCUCCUUUUUUCACGGUGAGUCUAGUUGAAUGACUUGUGAUCGCUUGAGCAAGUUUAUAAAACGUGUGUUAAAAGCUCCAAAAAAUAAAGAGCUACGUUAUUAAAAACCAGUUGAUAUCCGUGAUAUCUGAAACCUUCUCCGAGAGUCGGCAACUUCGACGACGAACCGCACGCAAUCCUUUUCGCGCCAUCUUCUUGAGGAAAACGGUGAAAAAACCGCAGUAAACUCGUCCUCGAAGAUUAACAAAAGAAACCCAGAAUGGCAGACAUAGAGGAUACUCACUUCGAAACCGGAGACUCCGGUGCUUCUGUAACAUACCCAAUGCAGUGUUCAGCACUGCGUAAAAAUGGGUUUGUAAUGCUCAAAUCUCGACCAUGUAAAAUUGUAGAAAUGUCAACUUCCAAGACAGGCAAGCAUGGUCAUGCCAAAGUACAUCUUGUAGGCAUUGACAUUUUUACUUCAAAGAAAUAUGAGGAUAUAUGUCCCUCUACGCACAAUAUGGACGUGCCGUUCGUUAAACGGGAAGAUUACCAGCUAGCAGAUAUAUCCGACGAUGGCUACUUAUGCCUGAUGGCUGAUAAUGGUGAACUUCGUGAGGAUUUAAAAAUUCCUGAUGGUGACCUAGGUGCUCAGUUGCGUACUGACCACGAGGCUGGGAAGGAGCUUCUUUGCACUGUGCUGAAAGCCUGUGGUGAAGAGGUCGUGAUUGCCAUCAAAACCAAUACUGCCAUCGAUAAAUAAUUGUGUUCAGUCCAAACUCCACCAUCACAUUAAAGAGAAAACAAAACACACACAGCUAAUAUAUUAUUAAGCGAAACCUAAGAUACAAUACAAGAUGAUCAGUGGUUAAAAUAAGAACUACCAGCAACAAAUAGGAAGGGAAAGAAGUGGGGGGCACUUGAAAAUGAAUAAAAAGAAGGAUAAAGAAACGAAGAAAAGGAAUGAGACACACAUAAUUAAAAAUGAAGAGAAGUGCAAAGUAAACGUACGUGAGCGUGUAAGUGUGAGGGGGAGAGGAUUACAAAUAACGCAAAAGAAUAACAAAUAAAAAGAGAAUAAACCAGGAAACAGUAUCAGCUUAGAUCUUGAAAAAAAAAGAAUGUUUUGGCGGUUUAAGAUAUUAAGAUUAAAAGGCAAUUUUGACGGUCGAAAAUUUGGGAAGAAAA